CGAACCGCCUCCAAAUACUCCUUCGCGUUGCCGCGCAGUCGCCUCUGGUCGCCUGUGAGGUCCGAACGCGCUGCUCCGAAGGAAGCCGGCGACCGCGGGCGCCCGGCCGCGCGGGCAGCCUCGAGACAAUGGGGCCGCGGCGCUUGCUGCUCGUUGCCGCUGGCCUCAGCCUGUGCGGUCCCUUGCUGUCUUCCCGCGUCCCCGUGAGCCAGCCAGAACCCGAGACGACAGAAGUCACUUUGAACCCCCGCUCGUUUUUCCUCAGGAAUCCCAGCGAAAAUGCCUUUGAACUGGUCCCCCUGGGGGAUGAGGAGGAGAAAAAUGAAAGUGCCUCGCCCGAGGGCAGGGCAAUCUACCUAAAUAAAAGCCGCUCUCCUCCCACCGCACCUGCUCCCUUCAUCUCGGAAGAUGCCUCGGGAUAUCUGACCAGCCCCUGGCUGACACUCUUCAUCCCCUCGGUUUACACGUUUGUGUUCGUCGUCAGCCUGCCUCUGAACAUCCUGGCCAUCGCGGUGUUCGUCCUGAAGAUGCAGGUCAAGAAGCCGGCCGUGGUAUACAUGCUGCACCUGGCCAUGGCUGACGUGCUGUUCGUGUCCGUGCUCCCCUUGAAGAUCAGCUACUACUUUUCCGGCAGCGAUUGGCAGUUCGGGUCGGGCAUGUGUCGCUUCGCCACCGCAGCGUUCUACUGUAACAUGUAUGCCUCCAUCAUGCUCAUGACGGUCAUAAGCAUUGACCGCUUCCUGGCGGUCGUGUACCCCAUCCAGUCCCUGUCCUGGCGCACCCUGGGCCGAGCUAACUUCACUUGCCUGGUCAUCUGGGUGAUGGCCAUCAUGGGGGUGGUGCCUCUCCUCCUCAAGGAGCAGACCACCAAGGUUCCGGGGCUCAACAUCACCACCUGCCACGACGUCCUCAAUGAGACCCUGCUGCAAGGCUUCUACUCCUACUACUUCUCAGCCUUCUCCGCUGUUUUCUUUCUGGUGCCACUGAUCAUUUCCACCGUCUGCUACCUGUCCAUCAUCCGGUGUCUCAGCUCCUCUGCAGUGGCCACUCGGAGCAAGAAGUCGCGGGCUUUGUUCCUGUCCGCUGCUGUGUUCUGCAUCUUCGUCGUCUGCUUUGGGCCCACCAACAUCCUCCUGAUCGUGCACUACAUGCUCCUCCCCGACAGCCCCGCCACGGAGACGGCCUACUUUGCUUACCUCCUCUGUGUCUGUGUGAGCAGCGUGAGCUGCUGCAUCGAUCCCUUGAUUUACUACUACGCCUCCUCCGAGUGCCAGAGGCACCUCUAUGGCAUCUUGUGCUGCAAAGACAGCUCCGACGCCAACAGCUACAACAGCACCGGCCAGCUGAUGCCAAGCAAAAUGGAUACCUGCUCUAGCCACCUGAACAACAGCAUAUACAAAAAACUGCUAGCUUAGGGGAGAAGGAGUGCUGGAAGGUUACACAGAAAGGGCUGGAAAAGUGGACAGCCCGGGGAUCCUGUUAGUCUCUGGCAAGCGCUGUAUUUACUUCGCCACCUAGAACAACCAAUGUCUGAUCUGCAUGCCUACUUCCUGCAAGUGCCAUCAAGCGUAGUUACCAGAAAGGUAAUGGGGACAAAAGAUGUCCAGCGUUGCCAGUACUGCCAUAGUAACCAACUGUCCCUUCUCAUAUAUCUAGGUGACCUGAAUAUAUAGGCGUUAUGCACAUGCGUAUUUGCAGUGCAGUGUGGAAUCGGCGCUUUGACACGUUUCUCGUUUAUUCCCUAGCAGUUACUAUGGAAAUAAUCUGAUUCUCUGACUUACUAAGCAAAGUCUGGUUUGGUGGAUGUUAGCACUGAACAGUUAAAGGUGUCCAGUGAUAGGGAAGGAGUUCCUAGUUCAGACUUAACACAGCUUUUACACAUAUAUAUUUCCAAUUAUUUGAUGGUAAUGUUUAAGCAAUAGAAGGAUGAAACAGUAUUAUCUGUGUAGGGGAAGAUCUGGUGCUUCUCAUCUUGAAUACACCAUAGUCGAAGAAUUACCAAAGCAGUUAGAAAGUCCAUUUUGAUAUGUGUAGCAUUUUUGUAAUUUACAUACUGAAUACAUGGACCAGGAUUGAGUAUGAGACCCACCAGGAUCAUAAGAAACCUUUCAGAGCAGCCAACCCCAGGAACUAGGCACAGCCUCCUCCAUGAGAUCCUCUGAACAGCUGAUACCCAGUCAGCUGUGAACUGACCAUAUCUGUUAGAAACUGAGCAGCUAGGAUAAGACAUCUUAGGAGGGAAAUAACCACGAGAGUCGUCUGCGCAUCUGAGGAGCAGAGAAAGGGGUGUUUAUAUCCAGUAGCUGUCGUGCAAGGCUGGCUCUUGCACAGACACACCUACGUGCCCUGGGCACUCUGAUGGGAACUGGGGCUGCAGACUGACUGACAGCCAGACGUUAGCUGAGUCCUGCCUUUGCUCAAGCAAAGCAGAUAGCUGACGUGUGGUCAACUGGAUGUAAGCACUGCAGAUACACCAUUGCACAGAGAAGUGUGCUCAGCCAGACACCACCAGGCGUAUUUCACAAAAGCAAGGCCUAACAGCUAAACAGCUUUGAAGAUCUGAGUUUCUGCUCCCAGUAGCUAUAGAUUAGGAUACAAUCACAGCUUAAGGUGUAUAUUUUUAAGAAAUAAGCCCUUCAGUCAACAAUAACUAGACACUAUUUAUUUACAAAUGUUUUUAUUAGAAAUUACUCAAAUAAGCCAGGCAUUGUGACAUACAUCUUUAAUCCCAGCAUUUGGGAGGCAGAGGUAGGCAGAUCUCUGAGUUCGAGGCCAACCUGGUCUACAUGAUGACUUCCAGGCUAUCUAGGGCUACAUAGUGAGACCUCCGCUCAGAACAAUAACCAUAUCAAAAUGAAACAAAAAAAAACACAUUUUUUCAAAAGCAAGAAAACACAAAAAAUUUACUUAUAAGGUCAGUCUGUUUUUUUUAAAAAAUGGAAGAAAAUGAAAUUAAGACUGAAAUGUAAGAAAAUUAUCCUGUAUUUUUCUUGAGUUAAUUAAAUUAUUUUAAAAGCAUUUUUUAAUGUCACAGUGACUAAUAAGUAUAUAAAAUCCUCAAGGCUUUGACACAGUAAUUUGAAAAUUAAUUUGAAAUAUAUACUUUUCCUGAUUUAAGAACUACGUUGGCAUUUUAAACAAAUAAAAGAGAGUAGAAGGACUAAGUUUAUUUAAGAGAACGAAGUAUUUCCAGGUAGUGUAGACUAGCUUCCAUGAAAGCCCUGCAGUUGUACUGUUAACUCAGUUACUGUCCUGAUUAUCUACAUCACUGACUCACUGUCUGGGCUCUGUCUGUGACUUACAAAACUAUUAUUCCUGUCCUUGUGAACUUUGAUGUCACUGUUUCGUGUUCACUCUUUUUUUUAAAGGAUUACAUAACAUUAAUAAACAUGAAAACGUG